UGUAGGCCUAGUUAGUAAUUUACUAGCUUCAGCUUCAUCACAACUGUCACCAUCUCAAGACAACUCUAGAAUUCUCUCGAGUAGUAAUUAUGAUUUAUAUAGCGAAGCUUCCGUUGCUUUCUAGAGUAGAGACAAAGAAGAUGUCAAUAGUUCCCAUCAACGAACGCCGGAGACUAUCUCCAGGCGAGAGAAUCUAUGAACUCAUGAACACCUUUCUUGAUUUCUCAUCAUCACCACCUCUCUCUCUUUCUCACCACUUCCCUUCGCUUUCGACCGUCGAGACGCAGCUCAACUGGACGGAGACUCCAACAGCUCACGUUUUCAAAGCGUAUCUUCCUGGACUGAGUCAAGACGAAGCGAUUGUGUUCGUGGACGACGAAGGAUAUCUUCAGAUAUGUACUGGUGACAACAAGUUUAUGAGUAGAUUUAAGCUUCCUAACAACGCCUUGACGGAUCAGGUGACGGCGUGGAUGGAAGAUGGGUAUCUCGUCGUGUUCGUCGCGAAAGAUGGCUCUUCUUCGCCAUCACAGCUGCCGGAGAUUGAGGAGAAUCGUAACGUGAGAGUCGUGGAGAUCACCGGCGAUGAUGAUUGAUUAAGUUUUUUUAAGUUUAUAAACUCUUAUGUACUAAUUAAAGACUCUAUGUACUUAAUGAUCAAGUUGGCGAAAAUUUAUCUUCUCUACUAUUAUUACUUACUUGCGUCUAGA